AGCGCAUUUUUGCAGCCUGACACGUGUGUUGUGACUGAGAACAUCGGGUUUGUUUGUGUCAUUUAGAGGAAAAAUGCAUUUUAGCGUUUGAGUCACUUCAUCAAAAGUUGCUAAAAAAAAAAAAUGGUUUUAUUUUUUUUAAAGAAGCUAAAUUGGAUGCUAGGUGCAGUUUGAUUAUUUUUUUGCUAGGGUACUCUGAAAAGUUGCUAAAUCUAGCAACAAAUUUGCUAAAUUGGCAUCACUGAUCUCAAUCCUGCCGGUUGAUGAGACGGUUCAUGUAGCCACAUCCUGCACGAAAAAUCACACACACUAUAGAUACUUUCCCAUAACAAUUUAACAGAAAACGCGGACAGUUUGUUAACAUACAUUUUUAUAAAGGAUUUCAGAUAAGGAUGUCCAGACGAGGUUGUACCGGUCCGACCGGGCUCCGGAGGAAACGGGACAUGGAGGAGCACCAGAAGGAGAGAAGACGGGCUCUGCAGGCCCGACACCGGGCCACCCUGGCCACCCUGUUCGAGACACUCAACACCGUGGUCUGCCCCACAUCCAACAAGAUGCCUGCUAAGUGGAAGAUCUUGGACCACGCCAAAGGAUUUCUGAAAGAGCAGGAAGCCCACCUGAGCAGACUGAUGCUCCUGAAAGGGAUAUUCCUCGGUAAUGAAGACGGGCCGUGCAGCUUGGAGGAAGUGAGGGCAGAGUACCGGAGGCUGCAGUCACACAGCAGCUCCCUGCGCUCCAGAAGACCUGGUGGCCACAGACGUCAUGGCGGGGCUGACGGAGAGGACCUGACUGAGACCAGUGAGGAAGACUCUGAGGAGGAGACUCUGGAGGACUCCGCCCCCUCUCAGACCUCCAUCAACUCUCUAACCAACAUCCUGGAGUUUGAAGGGUACUUGUUGUUCUACAGACAGACACUGGAGAAGUUGGUUUGUAGCGGUGUGCUGAGCCCGGGACAGACUGGUCUGGCUGUAGUAUCUGAAGCUAUCUCAGGCCUGUGGGAUAGCUUCUCUCCAGAGCGCCGGGCAGCCUACCAGACCUGUCCCCCCCAGCAGAGCACCCUGGGCUGGGAAGGGCCGCCAGAGACACCCCCUACUCCUGUUCCAGACACCCACCUCCACCUCACGCUCCAGCCCUCCACUCAGGCAAACAGCCAGGGAGCCUCUUCUCCUUCUAGCUAUGAAGAGGACCUGCUUCAGGAUGCCUAUGAUGUGGUGAAGAAAGAGAUGGACUCCACUUCAGACCACAGUCCUGUCCUGGCCUCUCCUCAGUGUGGGGACUUUGACAAGCUCCGGGAGAUCUAUAAGGACAUCAUGUGUUUCGUCAAGACUCAGAUGGUGGAGAAACCAGAAUAUAACCAGGACGUGUGUCUGUCUGCUAUGCGGGACCGUGAGGAGAUCUUUCUCCAGUGCUCCGAGUCCUUCGACAGUGAGGACAUGUGAAUCACAGGAGGCUGCUGACGGGAGGACGGCUCAUAGAAAUGUCCGGAAACGAAGCAAACUGAAUCACAUCAAACACCCGGAAUCCAUGGAAACCAUGUGUGAUGUAUUUAAUGCCGUUCCACCGAUUCCGCUCCUGGCAUUACCCACAAGCCUGUUCACCAACUUCCUGUUUCUGGGACCAAUCAGAACAGUUAGAUUGUGUUUGAUAUAUUUAAUACUGUUCUCCCCAAUUAACCUGUUCACCAACUUCCUGUUUCUGGGACCAAUCAGAACAGUUAGAAUGUGUUUGAUAUAUUUAAUACUGUUCCACUGAUUCAGCUCCAGUCAUUACCCACAAGCCUGUUCACCUCAAUUAACCUGUUCACCAACUUCCUGUCAUGUGAACACCUAUAAGUGUUUGUUCCUGGUGACAUGAAAGACACAUUGUGUUGCUUUGUUGAUAAAUGAUCACGUUUUGGGAUUUGUUUUUAUAAAUGUUCAGCUUUUCCACACGUUUAUUGUUCCAGACAUGUUUUAUAAUCUGGUUCAAAUCAUUCAUCUGCCUUUUUAGUCCAUUAAGAAUCAGCAUUUUGUCCAGCCAGUCUUUCUCUGUGUAUUAAGCCUCAGAGAGGGAUGAGGGUCUCACAGUGUCCAGCAGCGGUGCCCAAACUAAGGGUCGCGACCCCCAUGUGGGGACGCCUGAUGUGAAAACGAGGUUGCGGAAGAAUUUCCAAAAAAUCCUGAAAAUAAAAUUUAAAAAAAAUAAAACACAUUUUUUUUAAAUAUC